AUAUAUAUAUAUAUAUAUGUAUAUUAGCCAUCGAAUUAUCAUCUUAACGAGUUGCAAUAAUGCGACAGAUAUAUUAACAGUAACAUGGUUUUUUACAAUAAAGCAUUACAGGACAUAAGAUUACUGUUCAUUAUUUAUUAGCUUUAUUAUAAUAAAUAGCGCAACCAUUGGAUGUUGUCCUACAUUAAAAUUUCUAAAUAAUUUAUCGUCAAAAAGACUAAUAAACUAUCAUGGUUACAUAAAUGUUAUAUUGUCGAUUAUUAUUGUUUAUCACUAGCAAAACUGAUGCUAAUUAAAAUUGUCAUAUCAGCUGAAUUGGCAUAUUAAAUAUUUCUACAAAGUUAUUUAUUAUCAGAAAUGAAAUAUUGCGGUCCAUCUUUUUUUCUUUUGUCUCCAUUUAUCAUUUCCACGCGAGUUGUUUCCCAAGUCAAUUAGACGACUUAGUCAUGGUAUAAUGUUCCAUGAAAAAUGAAUGAUGGAUGGACCAUUCAUCUAUAAACCUAUGCUUGUUUCUAGAUAACAACUUAAUUCUUUGAUUUCCAUUUUUCAUGGUUUCUCAAUAUCCUUGUAAAACUAAAAACUUGAAAAAGCUUAUCUUGGUUUUCUUAUCAAAAUUAAGUUAAAACAUAAAUCAGAGUUCAGAAAAUGGAGAUUACCAUGUUGCCAAAAGAUUGCAUCUCCCACAUAAUUUCCUUCACAUCUCCAAGGGAUGCUUGCAGCUUUUCAAUGGUGUCUCCUUUCCUCAGAUCAGCCGCGGAUUCUGAUGCGGUGUGGGAAUGUUUUUUGCCGCCGGAUUAUAAGGAGAUUCUUUCCAAGACAGCUUUAGCUUCACCCAUGGAUUCCAUGUCAAAGAAGGAACUUUAUUUUCAUCUCUGUGAACAUCCUGUGGUCAUUGACAAUGGUAACUUGGGUUUCGGAAUAGAUAGAGAAAGUGGAAAGAAAUGUUACAUGUUAGGAGCAAGAAGGCUACACAUUAUAUGGGGAGAUACACAAACUUAUUGGCAAUUGAUAUCUCUACCAGAUUCUAGGUUCUCUGAAGUGGCUGAACUGAUGGAGGUAUGGUGGCUUCAUAUCUUCGGACAGUUGGAAACAAAAGUUUUGUCUUUGGAUACAACUUAUGUAGCAUAUUUUGUCUACAAGUUUGCAGAGAGCAGAUAUGGGUUCCAAGAAAAACCAGUAGAAUUGGAAGUCUAUUUUGAAGGACAAGAGGUCCAUGGAGGUACACGGUGCUUGUUCCUAGACACUCCAAUAGAUAUGCCACAAAUGUCUCAUUUAAGAAGAGAUGGGUGGAUGGAGAUUGAGAUGGGUGAGUUUUUCAAUGCUCAUGGACAAGAUUUCAAAGUGAAUUUCUGUUUAAAGGAGAUUGAUAACUACAACAGAAAGUUUGGACUACUUGUGGAAGGAAUUGAGUUUAGGCCUAAAUAUUAGGGUACUUAAAAAUUAGUAACUAUAUCUAAGGGCAAUGUAGUGUUUGGUUGUGAAUAGGAUAAUGGGUUUUUGUGCCAAUUCUAUUUUUUAAGCGUUCGGUUGUGAAUAGGAUAAUGGGUUUUUGUGCCAAUUCUAUUAAUUUUUAUUUUUUAUUUUUUAUUUUUUA